AUGUCGACAAAAUCGGUGGUUUCGACGAUUUCGCACUCCAGUAAUUCGGUGUACGUUUAGGGGAGGGUACUGUAGGGGGUACUGUAGGGUCCCAAGGAUUACUGUAGACAUUUUUUUGCGAGUACUGUAUCCGGUUGACUCAUGAAAAUAGUGAUUGCACUUUUUUGAUAAUGAUAUUUGGAAAAUUUUUUGGGAACUACAGUACUACAGGGUUACUGUAGAAAAAUCUGGUUUUAAAGGAACAUAGUUUGGGUCUCGCCGCGAAAUCCCUGAAUUUAAAGGAACAUAGUCAUGUCUAUACUCAAAAUGCUCCAAAUUCCACGUGGAAUUCAAUUUUCGAUGAAAAAUCGAUUUUUAAAGGGACAUAGUUUGGGUCUUGCCACGAAAUCCCUGAAUUUAAAGGAACAUAGUCAUGUCUAUACUCAAAAUGCUCCAAAUUCCACGUGGAAUUCAAAAAUUUUGCAAUUUUCAAUGAAAAAAUCGAUUUUUAAAGGAACAUAGUUUGGGUCUCGCCACGAAAUCUUUAAUUUUAAAGGAACAUAGUCAUGUUUAUACUCAAAAUGCUCCAAAUUCCACGUGGAAUUCAAGUUUCAAUGAAAAAAUCGAUUUUUAAAGGGACAUAGUUGGGUCUCGCCACGAAAUCCCUGAAUUUAAAGGAACAUAGUCAUGUUUAUACUCAAAAUGCUCCAAAUUCCACGUGGCAUUCAAAAAUUUUCAAUUUUCAAUGAAAAAAUCGAUUUUUAAAGGGACAUAGUUUGGGUCUUGCCACGAAAUCCCUGAAUUUAAAGGAACAUAGUCAUGUUUAUACUCAAAAUGCUCCAAAUUCCACGUGGAAUUCGAAAUUUCAGUGAAAAAUCGAUUUUUAAAGGAACAUAGUCAUGUUUAUACUCAAAAUGCUCCAAAUUUCACGGGGAAAAAAAUUAGCCAUAGAGCGCACAUGCAUUUUCAGCGCGCGAAUCGGCAAAAUUCAAAUUUUCAGCCUGAUCCCCGACAAAACCACGUCAUGGCAAUCGAUUUAUUUGCUGACGGCCAUCGGAAUGUUUUGCGGAAUUCAAUUUUCGAUAUUUUUUCCCACGUUGUGGCCAUUUUUGAAUACGGUAAUUUCUAAAUGCCACGUGGCAAUUUGAAAUUUAAAAAAAAAAUUGAUUUCAGGUUGACCCCACAGCUUCCGCCUCGUUUUUUGGAUUCAUCACCGCCGCUUUUUCUGUGGGACAGGGUUUGGCGUCGCCAGCUUUUGGAUAUUGGAUGAAUCGCGCGAAAUCUGGUGGGUCUGGGAGCCCGAAAUCUGGCAGAGCAUUUCAAGAGCUUCAAAAUGAGCCCAAAUAUGAUAUGAAAAAUUUUGAAAUUUUUUUUGGUCUAGAUUUUCAGCCUGGAUUUUUGGAUUUUCAGCCAUAAUCUGAAAAUUUCCGGCUCAUUUUGUAGAGAAUUUCGAGAGCUUCAAAAUGAGCCCAAACACGAUUUUUGAAAAUUUCAGAUUUUUGGCUGAAAAUCAAAAUCUGACGUCAUCAUUUUGUUAUCAGUUGACCUGAAAACAAAAUGAGCGAAAAUUUGAGAGCUAGACUGUAGUCCGGACUACGGUAGUGCUGCUUAAUUUCAGACAAAAAUCUGAAAUUUUCAGAAUCGAAUUAUAGCUCAUUUUGUAGAGAAUUUCAAGAGCUACAAAAUGAGCUCAAACAUGAUUUUUGAAAAAAAAUUGGGCUAAAGUUUCAGCCUAGAUUUUCAGCCAAAAUCUGAAAUUUUCAAAAAUCAUGUUUGGGCUCAUUUUGAAGCUCUUGAAAUUCUCUACAAAAUGAGCCCAAACAUGAAUAUUGAAAAAAAAGUUUUGGACUUAUUUUCAGCCAAAAUCUGAAAUUUUUAAAAAUUAAAUUUGGGCUCAUUUUGUAGAGAAUUUCAAGAGCUACAAAAUGAGCUCAAACAUGAUUUCUGAAAAUUUCAGAUUUUGGCUGAAAAUAAGUCCAAAACUUUUUUUUUUCAAUAUUCAUGUUUGGGCUCAUUUUGAAGCUCUUGAAAUUUGCUAUAAAAUGAGCCCAAACAUGAAUUUUGGAAAAAAAUUGGUCUCCAGUUUCAGCGUAGAUUUUCAGCCAGAAUCUGAAUUUUUCAAAAAUCAUGUUUGGGCCAUACAUGAACUACCUCUCCGAAACCGGAGGGAGGGGGGUUAACUUUUUGAAAAAUUUUUGUGGGGGGCCUUAACUUUUCAAAAAAUAAAUUGAAGAAAAAAUUAGGAAAAAAAUUAGAAAAAAAAUUUUUUGGAAAAAUAUUUUUUUUUCAUUUUUUUUUUCGAAAUUUUCAGAUGCCAAGAAGGUGAUAUGUGUUUAAAAUGCAGUAAAACUAUUGUUUAUUCAAUUUUACAUAAUCUUGUUUCAAUUUAUUGUGGUUUCUUUCAAGUAACCCCCUUCCUAGAUCUAGAAUGAGCAUUUUUAAGCAUAUUUGGGCAAUUUUUUUGAAUUUUCAUAUAAAUAUAGCAUCUAAUCGUUACUAAGCGCGAUAAAACUUGUUUCAAAUAUAGUUUAACUCUCGUAGAUAAGAUAUAUAACAACUAUUGUCAAUUUGGUGACGUUUCCUUUCUUCUACCCCCCCCCCCUCCGUAUGUUGAAAACUAACAUUUUCUUCAAUUUUCAGGUAUUUUCACAAAUUUUUUUCUCCUGAAACCACUAAAUGGGCAUUGAUUCGUGCUAAACACUAGUAAAUAAGUAUAAAAAGGCAUGUCUAACAAUUAUUUGAAGUAUAAUUGCAAAUUACGACCUCUACCCCCCCACUCCGUUUUCGGAGCCUGAGACUCCGAAAACGGAGUGGGGGGGUAGAAGCUCCAUUUCUUCAUAAAACUUCAAAGAAUUCUUUGGCAUACCUUUCUAUACUUAUUUACUAGUGUUUAACACGAAUCAAUGUCCGUAUAGUGGUUUCUGACUGAAAUAAAUAUCGAAAAAUUCUGAAAAUUGAAGAAAAAUGCUGGUUGCUAACUUACGGAGGGGGGAUAGAAGAAAGGAAACGUCACCAAAUUGACCAGAGUUGUUAUAUAUCUUAUCUACGAGAGUUAAACUAUAUUUUAGACAAGUUUUACUUGGAUUGAUUCAGUAGAACAUAACAAAUUGAACAUUGAGUAAAUUUUCAAAAGAAAAAAUAAAAAAUCAUAAACAUAGAGGGAAUCGAACUGGUGACCUCCUGAUUGAAACUCCAACGCGUUAGCCAGUACACCAGGAGCACCGCGCAGAAACGGGCGGCGAAUGUUUAUGAUAAAGAAAGUUUGGCGCCGUAAAAUUUAAAAAAAUGUGGCGGAAGCAAAUAUAAAAAUUUUCUUUUUUGACAGAAAUUUUCAUAAAAGCCUCCGCCAUCAAUUAAUUUGUAAGACUUGAGAAAAAACUAUUGUAUGAUUUCCACGACAUGUUGAACUUUUUUUCAUAAGUCAGAAAAAAAUUUUACAAGAGGAGGGGGGUUAACUUUUUCGAAUUUUUUUUUUCUGGAAGGGGGUUAACUCGGGGGUCCCCGGAGCGACUAGUUUAUGUAUGGUUUGGGCUCAUUUUGAAGCUCUUGAAAUUCUCUACAAAAUGAGCCUAAAAUCUCAGACCCAGGCCUAAAAUUCAGGCCCAAAACUGAAGCCCAACAAAUUUUUUUGCAGUCCGUCAACCUUUGGUCUUCGGAAUCUCCGUAAUGAUUCUGUCCAACAUAAUUUUCUGUUUCGUCGAAACUUUCAAAGAAAAAGAGCGGCGAUGGGUUAUGAUGACUGCGCGAUUUUUUAUUGGUUUGGGAGCCGGAACUGUGGGAGUUAUGAGAGCGUAUGCGGCGACGGCUAGUAGUUUAGAAGAUCGUGCACGGGCUAUUACUUUUAUACAGGCUUCCUAUGUUAUUGGAAUGACGUUGGGACCUGGAAUACAGGUAGGAAAGGAAAGGGGAUUGCUCAUAUUAGCUGUCUACAGUAACUCGAGAGCAUUGAAAGGGACAUACACUCGCGCUAACGCGCUCGACGAAUUUUGAUCUACACUCGCUCCGCUCGGACUACAGUACCCCCUUAAAGGGACAUUGCUCAUGUUAGCUAAGUACGGUAGCCUAAGGGAAUUCAAAGGGACAUACACUCGCGCUAACGCGCUCGAGCGGAAUUUUGAUCUACACUAGCUCCGCUCGGGCUACAGUACCCUUUUCGAAAUUUUUUUACACACUACAUAUGUUUUGUUUGUAGUUUGAACCUUUUUUGUUCAAAAAUUCGAAAAAAAACAAACUUUUUUUUGUUGUUUUUUCUACUGAUAACAAAGUGUCUGGUACCGAAAAAAAACAAAAAUACUUUUUUUUGAUAAAAAAAAUUUUGGGAAUCGUAAAAGAAAACAAACCGAGGGAUUACUGUAUGUCCCUUUGAGUAGCUAACAUGAGCAAGGCCGAGCGGAGCGAGUGUAGAUCAAAAUUCCUCGAGCGCGUUAGCGCGAGUGUAUCUCCCUUUAAAUUCCCUUAGGUUACUGUAGAUAGCUAAUAUGAGCAAUGGCCCUUUAAGGGGGGUACUGUAGGCCAAGCGGAGCGAGUGUAGACCGCAAGCUUCCGCGGAAGCGGCCCGAGCGCCCUGCGCGAGUGUAUGUCCCUUUAAAUUCCCUUAGGUUGCUGUAGGUAGCUAAUAUGAGCAAUGCGCCUUUAAGGGUACUGUAGGCCGAGCGGAGCGAGUGUAGAUCAAAAUUCCGCGAAUGCGGCACGAGCGCGUUAGCGCGAGUGUGUGUCCCUUUAAAUUUCCUUCGGUUACUGUAGGUAGCUAACCUGAGCAAUGUCCCUUUAAGGGGCUACUGUAGGUCGAGCGCUCUGUGCGAGUGUAUGUCCCUAAUUAGGGGGGUACGGUAGCUCUCUUUAAACCCAAGCUUGACCUUUGACAUUAAAGAGUGUAUGUUCCUUUAAAUUUCCGUAGGUUACUGUACGUAGCUAACAUGAGCAAUGCUCCUUUGGCCGAGCGAAGCGAGUGUAGACCGCAAGCUUCCGCGAAUGCGGCACGAGCGCGUUAGCGCGAGUGUAUGUCCCUUUAAAUUUCUUUAGGUUACUGUACGUAUGUCCCUUUAAAAAUGUCUCCCAAACACUUCUUCCAGGUCGCCUUCACGCCGCUCAGCUACCCGGGCAUCGUUCUCGGCGCAAUUCACAUCGACAUGUACACGGCUCCCGCGUGGUUCGCCUCAAUCGUCUGCCUCCUCUCGCUGAUCUUCAUCUUCAUUUUUCUCGAGGAAAACUAUGCGGGAAUCGAUAAGGAGGAGGACGAGGAGGACUCCUACACAGCUAUGCCCACUUAUGACACGAUUUCGGUGGCCGUGUGUGUUGUCACACAGUUCACACUCAUGUUUAUUAUCACCAAUUUGGAGACGUGAGUUUGAGGGGGCUUAGCUAGGUACAGUAACCUGAGGAAAUUUAAAGGGACAUAAACUUGAUGUGAAUCUGCAAGGUACAGUAACCCACGGGAAUUUAAAGGUACAUACACUCGCGCUAACGCGCUCGAGCCGCAUUCGCGGAAUUUUGAUCUACACUCGCUCCGCUCGACCUACAGUAACCCAAAUUUAAAGGAACAUACACUCUUUCAUGUCAGAGGACAGACUUGGCUUUAAAGGGAGCUACCGUACCCCCUUAAUUAGGGACAUACACUAGAGCACAGCGCUCGGCCUACAGUACCCCCUUAAAGGGACAUUGCUCAUAUUAGCUACGUACAGUAACUCGAGAGGAUUUAAAGGGACAUACACUCGCGCUAACGCGCUCGAGGAAUUUUGAUCUACACUCGCUUCGCUCGGCCUACAGUACCCCUUAAAGGGACAUUGCUCAUAUUAGCCUAUAUACAGUAAUCUGGUUUAAAGGGAGGUACAGUAUCCAGAUAACUUUAAAGGAACACACCCCACGUGGCAUUUCACAGACAUUGCUCAUAUUAGCUGGCCACGCUCGAAAUUCGGGGCAUUGCUCAUAUUAAACACCAAAUUUCUAAAUUUCAGAAUCGGUUCACUCUACGCCAAAAUUAUGUGGAAUUGGACGAAUGAGCAGGCUGUGGAAUACACCGGGAUUUUACAGGCCGUGAACGGGCUUUUCGGAGUUUUGGUAUAUGCACUUUUUGCGGUGAAACUCGGAAAUUAGUGAGUUUUUCGGAUGCCACGUGGAAUUUGGAGCAUUUUGAGUAUAAACAUGACCAUGUUCCUUUAAAAUUUGAAGAUUUCGUGGCGAGACCCAACUAUGUCCCUUUAAAAAUCGAUUUUUUCAUUGAAAAUCGAAAAUUUUUGAAUUCCUCAUGAAAUUUGAAGCAUUUUGAGUAUAAACAUGACCAUGUUCCUUUAAAAUUUGAAGAUUUCGUGGUGGGACCCACCAUGUCCCUUUAAGAAAACAAAUUCAAUUUUUGCAGCAUUUCAAAGGCGCGCGAGCGAAUUUUCACAAUUUUCGGCCUCGGUUUGGGUGUGAUUUAUCACUUGGUAACGUUUCCCUAUCCAUGGGGACAACCCUUGACUUAUGAUCAGAAAAGUGAGUUGUUUUUCAGAUUUUCAGACAAAAAUCUGAAAUUUUUGAAAAUCAUGUUUGGGCUCAUUUUGUAGCUCUUGAAAUACUCUACAAAAUGAGCCUAAAAUUUCAGAUUUUGGCUGAAAAUUCAGGAUUUCCAGCCCAAAAAACUGAAAUUUUCCAUGUUUGGUCUCAUUUAAAAGCCCGUGAAAUUCCAGACAUCACCACAAAACACGGAAAAGUGAUAGUGGAAGAUUUGGGCUGUAAUCCACACCAAUACAAAUGGUGUGAUCACACCAAGGACGUCAAUUUUUGGCUGUAUGCCGGAAUGUACGGUAUCGUUUUGGCCGCCUGUUUUCCGAUUGUGAAUAUUUCGAUGAACACGUUGUUUAGUAAGAUAUUGGGAGCAAGGAGGCAGGUAUGUUCCUUUAAAAUUUGGGUACUGUAGGUUACGCUCUGUGCGAGUGUAUGUACCUUUAAAUUCCCUUAGGUUACUGUAGGUCGAGCGGAGCGAAUGUAGAUCAAAAUUCCGCGAAUGCGGCUCGAGCGCCUUUGGCGCGAGUGUAUGUCCCUUUAAAUUCCCUUAGGUUACUGUAGGUAGCUAAUAUGAGCAAUGCUCCUUUAAGGGGGUACUGUAGGCCGAGCGGAGCGAGUGUAUGUCCCUAAUUAUGGGGUACGGUAGCUCCCUUUAAACCCAAGCUUGACCUUUGACAUUAAAGAGUGUAUGUCCCUUUAAAUUCCCUUAGCUUACUGUAGGUAGUUAAUAUGAGCAAUGCCCCUUUAAGGUUACUGUAGGCCGAGCGGAGCGAGUGUAGAUCAAAAUUCCGCUCGAGCGCGUUAGCGCGAGUGUAUUUCCCUUUAAAUUCCUUCAGGUUACUGUAGGUAGCUAACCUGAGCAAUGUCCCUUUGAGAGGCUACUGUAGGCCGAGCGCUGUGCGCGAGUGUAUGUCCCUAAUUAGGGGGUACGGUAACUCCCUUUAAAGCCAAGCCUGUCCUCUGACAUGAAAGAGUGUAUGUCCCUUUAAAUUCCCUUAGGUUACUGUAGGUAGUUAAUAUGAGCAAUGCCCCUUUAAGGGUACUGUAGGUCGAGCGAAGCGAGUGCAGAUCAAAAUUCCGCUCGAGCGCGUUAGCGCGAGUGUACGUCCCUUUAAAUUCCUUCAGGUUACUGUAGGUAGCUAAUAUUCAAAUUUCAACUAGGAGUACGGUAGCUUCCUUUAAACGCUCCUAUUUUUCCAGGGAACAAUGCAAGGUAUAAUGCUAAUGUCCGGAAGUCUGGCCCGAACAAUCGGGCCAAUGCUAGUCUCAUGGAUUUUCCAAGAAUGGGGGCCAGAUCCACUCUGGAUUUUGGAAAUCCUAGUUCUAUCGAUCACCAUGAUUCUAUGGAUGGUUUUCUAUCGACGAAUGACACCGUUGGAAUCGAAUCCCAAAUUGGAAGCCUACGAUCAUUUUCAUUAUAAAAAUGGGGUUAGAUAUCGAAUUUAG